AUGAAAAUUUUGCGGCUACGUAUGGUGGAUGGAAUUUACAGCACGUUUCGCAGCGUUUCAGUCACAGAAAAUGUUACACGUCGUAUGUUAGAACACCCAGAAUUUCUGAAAGAAUAUGUCUUACAAAACCUCGCAUUCAUGAAGACAGUGCCAAACUCCGUCCAAUACUGGGCUUCUCGCAAACGUGACCUCUUUGCCAUGAUUCGUCAACUUGGUAAACCAACCAUCUUUCUCACUAUAAGUGCAAACGAAAUACGAUGGAUGAAGUUGCUUUCUAUACUUCUCAGACUGAGCAAUAAAUAUCCUGGAAAAUCAGCAGGAGAUCUCAACACUUCCGAGCGCUGUACUUUAGUUAGUGACGAUCCUGUGACGUGCUGCAUUUACUUCUACAAGCUCGUCGGUUCCUUGAUGAAAAUGCUGGAAUCCAAACAGUCCUAUAAUCCAUUCGGAGAGUAUUUUGUUAGAGAUUACUUCAUUCGUUUUGAGUUCCAGCAUCGAGGAAGCCCCCACGCACACAUUUUAUUUUGGUUAAACAACGACCCACAUGAAACCCCGUCAGAAUAUAUGCCAAAAACCAUUGAGCUCGUAGAUAAAUUGAGUACGGUAGCCCGGAAUGAUGUACCUAACAAUUCCAUCUACGCAAACCAGAUACACAGACAUACUUUCACAUGCACGAAGCGAGGUGAGACAAUUUGUAGAUUCGGAAUUCCGUACUGGCCAAUGUCUACGACUUGUGUAUUAGUUCCAAUGCCUCAAUCUGAUAAACGCCGUCGAACACUACAACAGAAGGCGAAAGAGCUGCGUACUUCACUCGAUGAACGUCGGUACGCGGGCAUGGAUUACUUUCUUGGAGCUAAUGGUUUGACACACGAUUCAUACCUUGACAUUGUGCGCUCAACGUUACGCAGACCAACUCUUCUGUUCAGACGAAACUUAGACGAACUUAUGACAAACACGUUCAAUCCGUACAUCGCUGGUGAAGUCAACUCAAACAUCGACAUUCAAUUUAUCUUGGAUGAAUACAGCUGCGCAGAGUAUGUUGUGGAGUACGUAAAUAAAUCAGCUCGUGGAAUGGGCAAUCUACGUCGUGAGCUUACUACGAUGAUGCAAGAGCAUCCCGAACGGGACUAUACAGACCAGUUGAAAGCUUUAAGCAUCAAGCUGCUUAACGCUGUCGAGAUGUCAGCGCAAGAAGCAGCAUGGUAUCUCCUACGUCAACCAAUGAGCGAGACAAGUCGUCAAGUUGCGUACAUUCCAACAGUAUGGCCGACGGAAAGACAACGUUGCCGCAAACGUCGUCAACAAAUGGACCGCGAAGGGCUUGACGAAAACAGUACUGAUGUCUGGACCAAAAACAUAAUUCAGCGCUAUGAAGAGCGUCCUGCAUCUUUAGAACAAGUGUAUUUAGCUGAGUUUGCAUCGUGGUAUGCUAAAGCUAAUGAUUUCGUUGACGAGGAGGACGACGUGCACGUGGAUGGCGAAGAAGAUCUAGAAAAUGAACCCGUAGCAAGAAUGUCAAGAGCACGAAAUCAAUACCGCAAACGACUAAUCGGACGCGUUAUACGGUACAGACAUUACGACAUGGACGAAACUGUCAAUUAUAAACGAGAAAUGGUUCUAUUAUACGUACAAUUCCGCAACGAAAUGUUAGAAAUUGUUGAUCAAAAUAAAUUUCUCCAAUUAUUUGACGACAACAAAGACGCGAUCAUGGAACGCCGUAGUCAAUUCGAGUCUAAUUUGAACAUUGAAAACGUCAUGAGAGAACUUGAAGCGAUGAUGAUUUUGCAAAACGAAGACAACAGUAAUUUACGGGAAGAAGAAUCCAGAACAGCCUUUGUUCAACAGUUGUUAGGAGAGGAUGGUGCCGAAAACGUCGAUGAUGUUCACCAAAUCGUCUCACGACAAGGAUUCUCGAUUGUAAAGAAACGCAGCAAUGUAAUGUCAAAGCAACAGUAUUGUGAACUUGUACGAACAACUAAUCCGGAACAACGACAGAUCAUUCUUGAGGUUAUACAUCGAUUGCAUGGUUGUGGAGAUUACACUUCUGAAGCAGUUCAAAUUUUCUUCACGGGUCCUGCAGGCUGUGGAAAAACUUACACGUUAAAGUGCCUCAUGGAGACAUACAACCGCUACACUCAGGAGCACAACUCAAUGAACAACGCCUACAUUGCCUGUGCAAGCACAGGUAAAGCCGCUGUACCUCUUGGUGGCACUACAGUCCAUUCAGCGUUUCGUCUCACAACUUCUCGCGUGACGAAACUCUUAUCCACAGAAAGUUUGCAAGCUUACAGAAACAUGUUAGUAGGCGUCAAAGCUGUGUUCAUCGACGAGAUCAGCAUGUUAAGUUCAGCUAUUCUUCAACAAGUUAACUACCGAUUGCAGCAGAUUACUGGCAUAUACGACAAACCUUUCGGAGACAUUCACGUUAUAUUAUGUGGAGAUUUCAGACAGCUUCCACCUGUACGAGCAACUCCAUGUUAUACUAUGCCGAUCAAUCAAUUAGGAGGUCCGAUUCUUUGGCACAGCAUUGAUUACUUCCCACUGGUUCGUGUUGUGCGACAAACCGAUGAGCGGUUUUCAACGAUUCUAACAAAAAUCGGCGAUGGACUUCAACUAAGCAACGAUAAUAUCUCCCUUAUUGAGUCCAGACAUAGAACUCAGGCUUGGUGCAAGGAAAACGUGCCUGAUGCUGUCAGGCUGUAUUAUAGUAACAAUGAAGUGGAUUCGUACAACCGAAGCGCAAUUCUAAAUGCAUACAACUGUCUCGCACAUGAUAUUAUGCUUGGUUAUUCAAGUGAACAAGAGAAGAGACAAUAUCAAGGUAAACUACACAAGAUGACAGUGGCAGAAACCGAUGGAUUACCGUACCUGCUGCCAUUGGCAGAAGGAUAUCCCUACAUGAUAACUUCUAACAUAGAUGUCGCUGAUGGGUUAGUAAAUGGAUCUAUUGGUGUCUUGCGACAUAUCGAACGUCAGCAGUCAAAUGUAGAUGACAAUUCUGCAGAAGCAGGACCAUCGACCAGUACAACUUCGCCAGCAGCUAGAGAAGAAAUUGUUACUUUAUGGUUCGAGUUUCCAGAAGAAACAAUAGGAACCACAGCCAAAGUUAAAUGUCGACCUCACGUGCAAAGCAAGCCAAAUACUUUGUCUACAAACUGGGUACCAGUUUAUAAGAAAAUAGUAAACAUUACACUAACAAAAACUAUAAAAUGCAAACGAAAACAGUUUCCUUGCGUUCCUGCUUGUGCCAUCACUAUUCACAAGUCACAAGGUGGGACGUUUGCUGUCAUUGUUUAUAAAUACUCAUCCAAGCAACCGCAACAGUUGGUGUACGUGGCGCUGAGUCGGGUAACAAGUUUAGAAGGCUUGCAUAUUAUCACCGAAAAAGAUGCUCCAUUUCGGUUUAAACACGGACGGGAGGGAAACGAUUCACAGACAACAAGAGAUAUCCGUAACGAAUACAUUCGACUUCGUGGACACACACUUCGAACAAUUACUGAUAAUGCAGUAAAAUUCUGUAAUGACUCAAAGAAUGCAGGACAAACUUUAAUAACGAACCUUAAUUCACAGAGUUUGCCUGCUCACUUUGCAGAUAUUGAAAAAGACACAGUGAUUCCAAGGUCUGAUUAUUUGAUUCUGACUGAAACGUGGAUGCGUGACAAUUGUGAUCCAAUUUCAAUUGAAAGUUUUGAAUGUGUAACCCGGCAGAAUAAUCGAUCAGAUUCUGAAACAAAUGCAGCAGGUGGAGUGGCAAUUUAUAGAAACUUAUCAUCGACAUCCACAGCCAAAAUUCUCAAUGUUGAACUUUCAGAUACAACCCGCCUUAUUAGAAACACUGUUUUGGGAAAAUUUGAAAAAUAUGUACCUGGACACAUGGCAGCGGAGUAG